UAAAAAAAAAAAAAAAUCUCUCUCCCCAAGGUACGCCUAGUGCGUACGACCAUACGCCUGGCGGCGCCACUGAUCACAAUUGUCUUUCAGAUCGGAACGAUUGUGUAAGGCCACUAUGAUCUCAGAAACAUCGUUGGUUAUAGCCCCGGCCUGUAUUAGAGUCCGGCCAUUAUUUACCUCCUCCGACAGCGAGACCGGCCAAUAUUAGAGUCCCGGCCAGUAAUGGAAUACAGGCCAGUAUUAGAGGAUUUACUGUAUGCCUUAAACGUAGGUUUGUUGAAUGUCCAACCCUUAACUAAUACGUCUUCAGGCGAAGUCACUCCUGUUGACAGAGCACUUGUUAAACAGUGCUUCACUGAGAGGAGUUCUGGUUAAAGUUUGGACAACACGAAUGACUGCAUGAAGCACGUGGUUCACUUUAUUGUUUACCAAGAGUGUGCGCGCGCAGACCGACAUUGUUAUCCGUGCGCGCACUAUGCUGCAGGUUCACAUUCACUGCGCGCGCUGAGAAACGGAGUGGCAUUAAACACGCGCUUAUCUUUCAACAUCGCGUUUAAUCAGACGCGAUCAGACCCGAACCUCGUUUAUUUUGCACUGAGGAGCAAAGCCUUUCUGAUCAGCUGCUACAGCCACACCACGGACUACCUGGAUAAGAGAUCCAACAUUCCUGUGCCAUUUAUGUUUUUUUUUGUUUGUUUGUUUGUUUGUUUUUUUAAAGAACCCAGAAAAUGGCAAACAACACCACUGAGAUUUCCUGCCCCUCCAUUGAUGACUUCCGUAACCAGGUCUAUUCCACUGCCUACUCCAUUAUUACCAUUUUCGGCCUGGUGGGUAAUGGCUUUGCACUGGUGGUGCUCAUCCGGACCUACCGCCAAUCCUCUGCCUUCCAUGUGUACAUGCUUAAUCUGGCAGUGGCGGACCUACUGUGUGUGUGCACAUUGCCUUUCCGCGUUCUCUACUAUGUGCUAAAGGGCAACUGGAUACUGGGUGACUUUAUCUGCCGCAUCAGCUCGUAUGCACUCUAUGUUAACCUCUACUGCAGCAUUUUCUUCAUGAUGGCCAUGAGCUUUACACGCUUCCUGGCCAUUGUCUUCCCUGUGCAGAACCUGCGCAUGGUCACUGAGCGGCGGGCGCGAGUUGUCUGUGCCUGCAUUUGGGUCUUCAUCUGUUCCACCAGCUCACCGUUCCUGAUGUCUGGUCAACACAUUGACCCAAAGACCAACAAAACCAAAUGCUUUGAGCCGCCGGAGGAAUCAGGCAGCCUAACAAAGCUGGUGAUGCUCAAUUACGUCUCACUGGUGGUGGGUUUCAUUGUGCCCUUCCUGGUCAUCCUGGUUUGCUAUGUUGGCAUUGUGCGGGCACUGUUGGGCAAUUCCAAUGCAUUGAAGAAGCAGCAAAACACACGUACCAAGGCAAUCCGCAUGAUCGUCGUUGUCAUGCUAGCCUUCUUGGUCAGCUUCAUGCCCUACCAUGUGCAGCGCACAGUGCACCUCCACUUUAAGAAGCAGGGUGCCUCAUGUGAUGAGAUCAACUCCAUUCAGAAAUCCGUGGUGAUCACACUGUGCCUGGCUGCUGCCAACUCCUGCUUUGACCCCUUGCUUUACUUCUUUUCAGGUGAGAACUUCCGUCACAGGCUCACGACGUUUCGCAAGGCAUCACUGACUUCCUUGAACAUGAAGCGCAAACGCAGUUUGCCAUCAUCUGCCCAUCCUCUACAGAAGAGCAAGCUGGAGAAUUGCAGUAGCUCAAUCAAUUGUGGGUAGGGCUGAAGAUGACUGUGCCUACUGAAUAAAUGAACGAGCAAGCAAUGAGCAUGUAUGAUGUGGUUGGAUUUUGUUUGAUGUCAUAGGAAAUUAAUUCAUAAGCAAUGGCAUUAACCCUGCCAUUAAGCUAAACUGUAACCUUAACAUUUCAGAAGAAUUCAGUUGUGCAAACUGGUGCCUUAGGGAAUUAAAGUGAAGUGACUGUUGCUUAUUAUAGAAACUCAGGCUAAACCUGAAGGACAAGGUCAGGGGAUCAGUAUUAUUGUGAUUCAAGAAGUGAAAUGUAGCUUAACUGUUUUAUUGUGCUUUCUCUUUCUACAUUAGCAAAAAGACUUAGUUAGAGACUACACAGGCUUACUAUAAAUGGACUAAUACACAGACCUGCAGCCUGCUUAUAAAAUAAUGUCUACACUGUAUUAAUGAUGCUGUUUUAAAUCUGUAAGGCAAUGACAGAUUACCAUUGUUAGGCUAAUCUGCUUCUUUGUUUUAUUAUAUAUUCAUAUGAUUAAUGAUUAGGGAUGUAGUUAUAUUUUGUCAUGUAUCUACUGUAUAUUAAUGAUUGCAAAUGUUAAUAUAUUGUGUAUGUACUGUACAAAUGCAGCAAGGCAUAUUUAUAUACAAAAGACAUUUCUUAAAAAAAUUGAAACAUAUUUUUGAGCAUUUGCUCUAAGAACACUAUUGUUCAUCUCGGGAGCUCAUGCUUAAUUUUAAAACAUUACUUUGCAAGUGCAGUGGUGUAGUGCUAGACACUUUUUUAUACCAUGCAAACAGACUUAUUCACAUCUAGUGGCAAAUUAGAAUUGCCACGUACCUACCAUGUCAUUUGAGACAUGGGUACUGUAGGAAAUGCCUAACUCUGGACAAAGAGUAACCCAAACUCAGGAUGUACCUGGAGAUGGUGGUGUUGCAAAAUCAGCAUUCCUCUCUUCUGGUGAAUUAUUUCUAUAGUAAGACAUUGUCAAAAGGUUGGGAAAGGCAAAGGGGGAUUAUGGACUGGAUACUGUCUGUACUAGGUGAUGACAAAAAAAAGGCAUACUCCAGAUACACAAAUCAAAAAAGUUUGUGCACCACAGUGAACUUGUUUCCCAUAUAAACGUUGGGAAAAUGAAGAAAAGAUCAUCUCCAUUUUCUAUUGCCU